AUGUCAACUUUUUCGGACUCGAUCCAGCUCGUGUGCGACACGAUGAAGCGCCAGAUCAUCUCCCGGGCGUUCUACGGCUGGCUGGCCUACUGCCGCCACCUGCGCACCGUGCGCACCCACCUGUCGGGGCUCGUGUCGCCGUGCAUCGUGUCGGCCGACGAGCCCAACGACGCGCGCGCGGGCGUCACGCCCGAGCGCUGGGCGCAGCUCGACUGCCGCGAGGAGCUCUUACGGCUCGCCUACUUCGGCGGCGUGUGCCACGACAUCCGCAAGCAGGUCUGGCCGUACCUCCUCGGCCACUACGUGUUCGGCUCGACGGCGGACGACCGGCGGACCCUGGACGCCACCACGCGGCAGAGCUACGAGACGACCAUGUCCGAGUGGCUGGCGGUGGAGGCCAUCGUGCGCCAGCGUGACAAGGAGACCAUGGCCGCCAACUUGGCCAAGUUGAGUUCCGAGAGCACCUCGGGCGAGGCGCCGCCCCCGACGCCGAACCUGCAGCACGACCUCAGCAACGACGUCUUCGAGGACAACGUCAGCCUCUCGGACGACGACAACGACCCCGUGGUGGUGGACGGCGAGGAGGCCGCUGGGCAAAACGACUCGCAGGACACUUCCGACGCCCCUGAUAGCCUCGCGACGGCGGCCGCCGCGGCAGCGACUGUGGCAGCUGCCCCGACUGGCGCGGAGGUGUCGUCCUCGGCCGCUGUGGCCGCGGCCGCCGCGGGGGCGGUGGCAGUGUCGGUGGCGCCGCCCGCCUCUGCCGAGGGGGAGACGGAGGACGUGGAUCAGCCCGAGGCUGAGGAGUCCGCUGGCGUGGAAACCUCUUCGCCCACAGCUGAAAGCGGCGAGCCGGAGACGGCUGAGGAGUCCGUGGAGCAGGCUGCUGCUGCUCCGGAGCAGGCGGAGGCCGAGGCCGUGGUCCCCGCUGAGCAGUCAGCUGAUCCAGCGGCGCCUGCGGCAGCGGGAGAGGGUCAGCAGGCUGAGCAGCAGGUGGAGCAGCAGGCAGAGCAGCAGAUGGAGCAGCAGGCAGAGGCCGCGGAGGACCUGACGGAGGCCGCCAACCUCGCGGCCGAGGCCCAGGACUUGGCCGAGGCGCCGCUCAUCAACUAUGCGGCCGCCAAGAUCGUCAUGACAAAGCCCUCCGUGGACGCCUUCCCCGAGGCCGAGAGGACGGAAGACACGACCAACAAACUGGCGGGGACGAGCCAGGGCAAUCGGUCCAACUGCGUGUCUCCCGCGUCCAGCCAGGGAGGCGUAUACUCGACGGAGCUGCUCGAAACCUUCGGCCUCAACAUCCACCGCAUCGACAAGGACGUGCAGCGGUGCGACCGAAACUACUGGUACUUUACGACUGACAACCUCGAAAAGCUCCGGAACGUUAUGUGCACCUACGUGUGGGAGCACCUCGACAUCGGGUACAUGCAGGGUAUGUGCGACCUCGUGGCGCCACUACUCGUCAUUCUGGACGACGAGUCCUGCACGUACGCUUGCUUCUGCCGCCUCAUGGACCGCAUGGGAGCCAACUUCCCCAACGGUGGUGCCAUGGAUACACACUUCGCCAAUAUGAGAUCUCUCAUACAGAUUCUCGAUUCAGAAAUGUUUGAGUUGAUGCAUCAGAACGGUGACUACACCCACUUUUACUUCUGUUACCGAUGGUUCCUUCUGGACUUUAAGAGAGAGCUGCUGUACGACGACGUUUUUAGCACCUGGGAAACCAUCUGGGCCGCCCAGCACGUCGCCUCCUCCAACUUUGUUCUCUUCAUUGCCCUCGCCCUGGUUCAGACAUACCGGGACAUCAUCCUAUCCAACUCCAUGGAUUUCACCGAUAUAAUCAAAUUUUUCAAUGAAAUGGCGGAGCGGCACGACGCCAAGGCCGUUCUUGCACUCGCCAGAGAUUUGGUGCUUCAGCUUCAAACUUUGAUCGAAAAUAAGUGAAGGGCGUCGAGUCAAAUACUGGUUUUCUUCUGAGCAUCUUCUGCAAAAUAUUUGUGUUUGUUGUCUUUGAUGGUUUGUUUGGGUCGAAUCUUUGACUACUCUUCAGUGUGGUUUGUCAGUCUUCAACCAUGUUCCAAAUCGAUAAAUGCUCCUGUUGCACCAAGUUUGUCCCCAUAUUUGGUCCUUCUCAAAUACACCAUUCCUCUUGUCUUGACAUUUUAAAACUAACAAUGUCUUGUGACAAAGGUGCUUGUACAUUGUUUGUAAGUACAAUUGUGGAGACUGGAUAUUGCGUGUUCAAAUAUACCGAUUCCUGCUGGCAGGAAACCUGGUAUAUCACGCUUGAAUUUAUGUAUCUUUUUAUUUGAUCAGCGGAAGGUCGUUUAAGCAGUGAUGUAGAAAUAAUUCGAGUUUGUAUUACAAGAAUGCAAUGCGGUCGUUUUCUUGUAACACAUUUUAUUUACUCUGUUGGUUGACUUUAAAAAUAGCUAGAUUUUUUGCUUGAAAUUGCGCUCUUCAUUCAAAAAUUAAUUAUAAAAACAUUACUUUGCAAAAUUUUGAAUGUAUAGCCCUUUGUUUGCUAUUUUUAUGUGAGUAUGAAUUGUUUACAUUCCGUCGAGAUACAGACCAGGAGGUUCGUGGGGCGUAUAACGAACGCCUCGUCCCGUAGGACACACGAUCCCUGGUAGGACGAGGACCUGUCUGCCCGUGUGGCCGUAGGGGGCCGCGCGGUGCGAGAGGUUUGCCUACCUAACGGGUUGUCUGCGAACCCAACUGUCCUUCAAAAACACGCCUCUGUAAGCUCCCGAAGUAUUUUUAACUCGGUCAAAAAUCACCCUGCAUAAAACUUUUGGGUGACCGGAUUCAAAGUAUAAUUUCCUGGUCAAGUACUUCUCGUGACCAAAACGUUUUUGACCCUAUUUUCUUCAUGUUAUGGUUGAUUACUUUCGUGUACCUUGAGUUGUGAUGAUACUUUAUUAUUACCUUAAUUGAAUUAUUUUUGAUACUACUCUGUAUCUAUUUUCCUUUUAUAUUUUAUUUUAUUUUUAUGAUCUUUGUUGUAGUUUGUUAAUUGUUGUCUUGUUUGUUUGUGGUUGUGGGCAUGCCUUGAGUUUCGUGCACUCUGCUAUAUAUCAAUUUAAAAUUGUUGUUCCUCUCUCUCUUACAAUUUUAAACAUAAUUCUAUAAAGAUAUUCCCAUACAUAUAUUUCUUCAAGCCACUAAGAGUUUUUCAACACUAUUUUUUACAAAAGUGUUACGAAAAUUUCAUGUUACUGACCGUGACAUUGUACAUACGUACAUAAUUAUUCUUUGUCAACUUUCUUUAUUUUUUGACUCGAUUUGAUGUUUGUAUGCCAAACUAGUCAAUUAGUCAGAUAGUCUGUAAGGAAACUCUGUGAUUAUGUAAAUAUAUUUCUCAUGAAACUGCUGUGUGUACAGACGUUUGUUUUAUGGGCAGGAAUCUUUUAGAGUUUCCUAAUACGUGUGAAUGUUUUAUUUUUCCAUUGUUUUAGCUUUGUGUGCCAAUGAGUAUGUGUUAAUUGAUUAUAAAUAAACCCUUAUAUUUGAAUUUUGACAAAUUCACAGAGCAGUAAGAGAUUAUAUUUUCCUCUAAGUUGAUCCGUAGAUUCUGGUACCUUCAAGAAAGGUCGUGUCAGGUUUAGUGAUUUGGCUCAAAAGUGUGGCAACUCAAAUAGUUUACCAUUAACUUUUGCUACAACCUCAUAAGCAGUCAAGUUAAGGGGUAGCAAAAAUUCCUAUUCUUGGAAAACUUGGAAUUGCAUCAAUUUAGUACGUUGAUUCGUUUUUUUUUGACAUAGCCAAUUAUUUAGAAGUAGUCACUCCCUUUGUGUUUAUGGUAACAGAUUGUAGUGCCAUGCAAACCAGGCAACUGACGGGGUGCAAUAUCCCUUCAAACAUUUUGCUGGGUAUAUUUUCCAUUGAGAUUCUCAUGCCACAAAUCUUAUUGGAACUGUUUCCGAACUUUAUAAUUGGUCUCAAUACAAUUUUAUGAACGAAGUGGAAUUAUGCUUCCACAUAUUGUGCCCUGUUUGUAAAACUGGGUCGGCGUUAGUUAUGUGUCAAUCCAAUUACUGAGAAUUUCUAGUCCAAAUAUAUAAGUCGUUCUUGAAUGCAUCUCACUAUCUUCAUUGUAUACUAUAGCUUUUAUCGCCUUUUUGUCCAGUAUUGUAUGCAUUAAUGAAUACAUCACCUACUACUUAUAUUAAGAUGACUGAUACUAAAAUUACAUUAUCCUUUGUACAUAACGAACCGUGGACAUUUGCAUUUUUCACUUGCGUUUGUUGAUAUGUUAACUCAGAUUUUUUUUUCAUCCAACUAGUUUGAAGUAAAGAAGAAAUUAGAUAUUUAGACGAACAUGUAAUAUGUGAGAAUUUUAAUCCGCUGCAAUUCGCUGGUUACUUCUUACUUCAACUUACACCCAUGAGGCAAAAACCUACAAAACUCAUAGAACAAUUUCGAUUAAGUCACAGACGUUUGUGUGUAAAAUUUUAUUCUGUGUACCAAGAAUGAGCGUGAACUUACAAUUAGUUAUGGUGCGCCUUGUUCAUCUUCUUUGAAGACUAAUAAACCAUAUCUCGUUAUUUUCUA